CUUUUCCUGUGUUAGUCUCUGCAGUACCUUUUUUUCCUUUCCAUUGAGAGACAGCAACACUGGGGCUGAACUCUUUUUCUGAAUCUUCAGCAUCAGAAAGGAAGAGAAUCUUCAUCAGAACUGGCAGGUUAACUUUGAUGAAGUAGCUUUGGAAUUUCUGCCAAGUGAAUCCGGUUUAGGAUUGGGAAGCUGCAGAAAGCUGGUGUAUGUGUUCUGAUAAGGCUCUCAUGGUUUUUAAUACCCAGCGAUAGAUUGACGGGCAAGUAACUAUCUCGUUAGGUUAUUAAGUCUUUUUUAUCUCCGGGUUCUAUUCGUUGCUGAUGAUUAGAUAGUUUAUGGUUUGACACUUUUGUUACCAUCUUUGGGGGGUCUUUCAUCCAAACAAACCUAACAAAUAAAUGUGCUUUGACGAGAAGUUAGAUUUUGGUUUUGGGAGUACUUCACAAGGGCUUUCCAAAAUAUGCUACCACUGUUGCUAGUGGAUGCAAACAUAUCAACUUAUCGAUACUCUGAAAGGGACUUAAUUCGCAUUGUUGUUCGAAGAUGGUUGAUCAUAUGUCAAGAAUUUUCUAUUGAAUAAUGACCUAUAAUCCGUCUCAACGGAUUUGACUUGAAGUAAAGUGUUAUUUAUGAUCAGCGUACUCUUGAACUAGCAAUUCGUUAGAACAUUUAUUAUUUUAAUACAGGUGUGUAAUUGAUCAUUACCUUGCACGUGGGGUUGCAAACUCACCUGAAGACUCCCCGGAAAAUAUGGAAGCUAAGAAUACGAGGAUUGAGAAUUUAAUGGGUACUCGGCUAUUCCAAGCUGUUGGACCUGUACUCUUGAUUUCAACGGGAUACAUUGACCCUGGAAAGUGGGCUGCAGUUAUUGAGGGAGGUGCAAGUUUUGGGUCUGAUCUCGUGUUGUUAUUACUUGUCAUCAAUUGUGCUGCUAUCUUGUGUCAUUACUUGGCUGCUCAUAUUGGUGUGGUCACUGGAAAGAAUCUUGCGCAGAUUUACAAUCAGGAAUAUGACAAGUCAAUAUGCUUAUUCUUUGGAGUUCAAGCAGAGAUUUCAAUGGUUAUUUCGGACCUGACAAUGGUUCUGGGCAUUGCUCACGGGCUAAAUCUUCUUCUUGGGGUGGAUUUUCGUACUUCUAUUCUUCUUACUGCAUUCGAUUUUGUCUUAUUCCCAGCUUUUACCAGCCUGUUGGCAAGAUGCAAGACAGAAACUUAUUUCGUCGGUACAGCAGGCUUUGUACUGCUUUUUUAUGUUAUUGGAGUUCUUAUGAGCCAAUCUGAAGUCCCGAUUGUCAUGAAUGGAAUGCUUACAAGGUUCAGUGGGGAGAGUGCUUUCGUGCUCAUGAGUCUUCUUGGAGCUAAUGUUAUGCCUCACAACUUUUACCUUUACUCUUCUCUUGUACAGAAAUGGCAGGGACCACCAAAUAUGUCCAAGAGUGCCUUAUGUCAUGACCAUUUUGUUUCAAUCUUAUGUAUUUUUAGUGGAAUUUAUUUGGCGAAUUAUGUUUUGAUGAGCUCAGCAGCAUCUUUUUUCUACAGCGCCGAUCUGGUUGUGCUAACUCUUCAUGACGCACUUCUGCUAAUGGACCAGGUAUUGAAGAGUCCCGCAGCACAUAUUGCGUUUUUUCUACUCUUAUUCAUCUCAAGCGUGCUAACAGGAUUAACUUGGAGUCUUGGUGGCCAAGUAGUCUUGCUUGAAUUCUUUAGGUUGGAUACACCUCUUUGGCUUCACCGCACAACUAUCAGACUUCUUUCUCUUGUUUCGGCUCUUUAUUGUGCUGGGAAUUCAGGGGCUGAAGGGAUAUAUCAACUUCUUAUUUUCAGUCAAGUUGUUCUUGCUAUGCUGCUUCCAUCCUCUGUAAUCCCCCUUUUUCGAGUGGCCUCAUCGAGUUCGAUAAUGGGUUCCUUAAAGAUUUCCUCAUUUCUGGAGUUCUUGACUUUGAGUACUUUUAUGGGAAUGCUUGGGUUAAAACUUAUUCUUGUUGUGGAGAUUUUAUUCGGAAGUAGUGACUGGGUGGGUACCUUUAGAUGGAAUGCUGGAAGUAGUAUGACACUUCCAUUUGUUAUUCUUCUAUUCACUGCUUCUGUUUCACUGGCUUUUUUGGUCGGUUUAGCGAUCACACCUCUGAAGUCUGAAGGUGCUAAGCUAGAGGAUGAGCAGAUGGGGAGUUGGGAGCCAUCUGCGAAAGGGGAAGGAAAUGCCACACUUGGGGUUAAAUUUACUCAAGAGGAACUUGAUACUGAAGAUGUAGUUAUUGAUAAAGCUAUCGGGAGUCAAUCUGACAAUUCAACUUUUGACUUCAAUUCUUCUGAUACAGUUGCGAAUUCUUCUGAUCUGGAACCUCAGUCCAUUGCUUCCGAGGGGAUAUGUGCUACAAACCAGACUUUCCCGACAUGUCAUCUAGAAAAUUUGCAACCUGCUAUGGAGUUCACCGGGGUGGAAAUAGUGGAUAAGGGUUUUCUUGAUGCUGGAUAUUUGGAAGAGGCUACUUCAGAAAUGAACGAACUUAUUGAUCCUGUUCCAACUACGGAAGAUGCCCCUUCAAAGAUGAACGAACCCCUUCACCUAGUUCAAACGACCCAAACUAGUGAGGGAUGUUUGCAAGUUGAGGAGGGAUGUUUGCUAGUUGAGAAGGAUGGUGAUGAGCAGAAUAAUUUGGAGGGUCCAGGAUCUAUUAGUAGUGUUAGUGAGAAAUGUGAAGAAAGUAUUGUUGUUGGAAGCCUUUCGAGAUUGAGUGGAUUGGGCCGUGGUGCUAGGCGUCAAUUAGCAUCUAUUCUUGACGAUUUUUGGGAGCAGUUGUUUGACCUUCAUGGGCAGGCAAGUCAAAAGGCAAAGGCUAAGAAAUUAGAUAUCUUAUUUAGACAGAAUCCAAAUCCCGCUGCUUCUAUGAAUGUGGGUUCUACAGGAUUGGGAGCAUCGAUGUUUGUACCUUCAGUAGCUGAAAGAGAAUCUGAAUUCCUGGCCAACCCUAAUUCUUAUGACCUGCCCAGCCAACACAGGACGUUGGGCAGUUUAACGUCACCUAAUGGUAUUCAAUCAAGAUCUCCCUUGCUGUAUACAAAAAUGCAAUUGGCAGAUGCAUUUCCGCAAAGUGCGUCUCUAAAUGUAAUUGAUUAUGGUGAAAAGCGUUAUUCAAGUUUGCAUGUGCCACCAUCUUCAGCAGGCUUGGGUAAGUUGAGCUAUCAGCAGUCAACUGAAGAUGAUUACCGAGUCGCAUCUUGUUAUGCUCGAAUUCAUGCAGAGAUGGAAUCCCCUAAUUCCUUGAAUGGUCAUCUGGAUUCACCAACCUCUAAUUCCUCAUCUCUCGGCCCGCCAAACUAUAUGGAUCAGCUUAAUCAUGCUCUGUUCCAGAAACCACUAAACAGGUUCACCUCUGUACACGCAACUAGUAUGCAGAAUCCAGCAGCUCCCCAGAAUAAUGGGCUAAAUGCAGAGCAAUCUUAUUAUGAUGGUCCUUAUUCGUCCGGAUUUGUUCAAGAUGUUGGUUCUCUGGCCUUCACGAAGAAGUACCACAGCUUGCCCCGCAAUUCAGGGCUUGCAUUUCCUCGACAAGGUGCAUAUGGUAUUGAAAAGAGUUUGUGUGGACUUUAUUCAGAUCCUGGAUUCUCCUUCUCCAGAGCUAUUAUAGAGGGUUCUCUCGUGGUCAAGUCAGAAGCCACGUCUCCGUGGUCUCCACAUCCUUUUGAGCAGGCAUUUGGUGGUAUUACAGGUAUACCCCAGAAAGUGGGAAAGUCCAAUUCAGUUCCACAGAAAAUCAAUUCUCAUUCAGAAUUGGAGGCUCUGUUGCUUCAGUUGUUCAGAAGUUCUAUGACGAGGCUCCUGAAAUUAGAUGGAUCAGAAUGGUUAUUUAGUCUUAAUGGUGGGGUUGAUGAGGAUCUGAUCGAUCUAGUGGCUGCGAGGGAGAGAUUCCACAGUGAAGCUGAAGCUGGAGAAGUGACCCAUAGAAAGGAAACCAGUGAGUCUCCUCGCCAAUACCUUUCCUCUGACAGAAAAUUUGGCUCAGGACUGAAGAAUGAUGAGAUGAGUUUCAUUGAAGAUUUGCUUUCUACUGUUCCUAACUGCGGAGAGGGUUGCAUUUGGAAAAAGGAUCUGAUAGUGAGCUUUGGGGUCUGGUGCAUCCGACGCAUAUUAGAAUUGGCUCUUGUGGAAAGCCGGCCCGAGCUAUGGGGAAAGUAUACAUAUGUUCUCAAUCGCCUUCAGGGAAUUCUUGAGCUGGCAUUUUCAAAUCCCCGGACUCUUAUGCCCCCCUGCUCAUGUCUUCAAAUCCCAGUGACACAAGCUAAGAGAAUAAGCUCACCCCUAGAAGGCGGCGAGGUGUUAACACCGGCUGCAAAAUCUGGCACAGCAAAAUGCACAACUGCAACCGCAGUCCUUGACAUAAUCAAGGAUGUCGAAAUUGCGGUUUCUAGCCGCAAGGGUAGAUCUGGAACUGGAGCGGGGGAUGUGGCUUUUCCUAUAGGUAAAGAGAACUUGACAUCUGUUCUCAAACGUUACAAACGCCGUCUCUCUAACAAAAUGUUUCGGACCCAUGAAGGAGGAGGUCGUUCCGGGGUUUGGUAACCUUGAAAGCGCACCUUAUGCAUGGUAUACCUUCUUUAAUCCAAAGAUUACAUGGAGCAGUUUUUUUUUCUUCUUUUUUUAAAUUAUUUUUUGGAGCUGUUUGGUAUUGGAAAUCAUUAUAACUAUUGCUCCAAAUCAGUGCGCUCAAUUACCCAAUUUCUCUCUGUUGUGGUGUAUAGAUAGGUUUAUACUGCAGAUAUUCUUAUACCUAUGUAAAAUAUGGUACUGUAAAACUUUUUGAAAGAUUUCUGCAGAAAAUCAAAGCUCAGAAAGAAAGAAAAUAAAAAAUUUGGCUUCCUUCA